AAAUUUAAUGGAAGUAAUUGCGUCGAGUUUCCCGCCACCCCACAUCCUUCCUUUUGUGCUUCUCGUGAUGUUGUUGCCAUGGAAACGGAGCAGUCAGACCUACUGCACGAGCCCCCACCCUGCGAGAGGAAAAAAGGCUAUGGAAUCAAAAAAGUACAACCUGGUCUUUGGCCUACAAAAUUAGACUUUGAUUUAAAAGAACAUGGGGAAGGGGGAUACAAACUAAAAGUUGCCUUUAGGAUAGAGAAUUGAUGCAGAAAAAUGAUCUCGAAAUAGGUCUAUAUUGUAUUUAAUUUGUUGUAUUAACUAGUGCUUUAUUGCAUGGCUCACGACGACUGGCUGUGUAUGCUUGUUGUCUUAUGCUUUAUCCUUUUUCGGUCAGCGGGUCGUUGUUUGUGGCAGGAUAUAAGUUGAAUUGAUUUAGAUAUGAAUUUGUAAUUUAAACAAAGAGAACACAAUGCAUUGGGCAGAUUAUGUCAAUAUUUUCCCUGUAAUCGCUCAAAAACAUUAACAAGUCCAUCAGUGCGGGACGCCUCUUGACAGCACCAGGUUGAGAAAGUGAAUGAUCGAGCAUGCGCAGUUGAGAUUCGUGCCAUAUUGGAACGAGGCAGAGGACAGGAGAAAGACGGGGGUAACGUUUUAAAUUUACUUGGAAGAACUAGGAAAAGGUGAGAUUCACUUGGAUCAAAGUGGUUUUAGCUACUGCUAAUACAGUCUCCUGGGUGGUGUUGGGAACACAGUAGGGCAUCAUGAACCCAGAGACACAGGGAUCUGGUGGCUCUGAACUGGAGUCUGACUUCAACUGGGAUGAAUAUCUGGAGGAGAAUGGCGUAUUGGCGGUUCCACAUCACGCCUUCAAACAUGUGGACCGUAGCCUGCAGACAGGGCUGGCUCCAGGGAUGAGUUUGGAGGUGUGUGUGCGUUCGGAGCCUGACCAACCCUACUGGGUGGCCACCAUCAUCACCACCUGUGGCCAACUGCUGUUGCUGCGCUACGAGGGUUACCACGAUGACCGACGAGCAGACUUCUGGUGUGACAUCAUGAACUCUGACCUCCACCCUCUGGGCUGGAGCAGACAGCACAGGCAACCAAUGAGACCGCCUGAGGGUGUCCGUGAGAAACAUGCUGACUGGGAAGCUGUCCUAGAGGAGGCUCUGGCUCAGGGAGGGAGUGCACCAGCACACCUACUGGAGGGGGCCCAGACAGGGGGAGACCUGUUCCCCCUGGGGAGGUGUGUGGAGCUGCAGGACAGUGUAGACCCAGGGGUGGCCUGGGGGGCCCAGGUGGAGGACAACAUAGGGGGCCGGCUGUGUCUGCGCUACACUGGGACGGAGGGGCUCACUCAGUCACAGACCAGGCGCUGGGUAUUCUACCUGGACCCCCUCUUACACCCACCUGGCUGGGCUGAGGAAAACCGCUUCUCUCUCACCCCACCUGCUGUGCUUCGUGGUUUGCGCAGCGAGACAGAGUGGGAGGAGGUGAGAAAGAACAUUAGACAGCCUAAAGAAGAAGCCAUCAAUGAAGACUUCUUUAAGGACAGGCCAGUCCUCUCUCCUCACUGCUUCUCUGAGGGGAUGAAGUUAGAGGCAGUGGACCCCGCUGCCCCCUUCAACACCAGCCCAGCUACUGUCACCAAGGUGCUGAGCGACCAGUACUUCAGGGUGCAGAUGGACAGCCUGCAGGGAGACAGUGAAGGGGCGGGGCCUGGCUUAUCCUUACUCUGUCACUAUGGGAGCACCGGAAUCUUCCCUGCCCAAUGGAGCCUUAAAAAUGGGGUACCCCUCAGUCCGCCUCCAGGUUACCAGGGCCAGAACUUUGACUGGGCGGAUUACCUGAAACAGUGUGGAGCGGAAGGAGCGCCAGAGAGCUGUUUCCCCGUGGGACAGAGUGAUCAUGACUUUGUUGAGUCCAUGAGGCUGGAGGCGGUGAAUCCUGUCUCUCCUGAGCAAGUUCACGUGGCAACCGUAACCAGGGUCAGAGGUCAGCACAUCUGGUUGCAUCUGGAGGGGUUGAAGCAGCCUCUCCCUGACAUUAUCACUCAUGUGGACUCCCUGGACAUCUUUCCAGUCAGUUGGUGUGAGAGUAAUGGCUAUCCCCUCCAACACCCCUACAAACCUAGAGCUCAGAGGAAGAGCCAUGUGACCGUGGUGCAACCAGAAAAGCAAUCUCCACUUAAAGCCACGGCCCUGCAGCAGGAUCUGAACCAAUCGGAGAACGCAGCUCAGGGUAACGGGAAGUACAGCUGCCCAAAGAUCUAUUUCAACCACCGCUGUUUCUCUGGCCCCUACCUGAACAAGGGCCGUAUCGCUGAGCUGCCCCAGAGCAUUGGCCCUGGCAACUGUGUCCUGGUGCUGAAAGAGGUGUUGACUCUGCUGAUCAGCUCGGCCUACAAGCCCAGCCAGGUGCUGAGGGAGCUGCAGCAGGACCCAGAGCUCAGGGGGCACGGCCAGGGAGAGACUCUGAAGGCCAAGUACAAAGGAAAGAGUUACCGGGCCACUGUGGGGAUUGCCCGUACAGCUGACCAGGUGGCUGAGUUCUGCAGGAAGACAUGUGUGAGGCUGGAGUGCUGCCCCAACCUGAUCGCACCUCACAUGGUGCUGGAAGACUGCUCGGAGAACUGCUCCCUUCUCACCAAGACCAAAUACACUCAUUACUAUGGUAAGCAGAAGACCAAGCGAAUCAGCCUUCCCCUUGGUGGUUACACCAACCUGGAGAGCAGCACCAAGCAGGGGAGCAGGAGGAAGAAGAAAAAGCCGAUAUUUGUCCACAAGAAGAAACACCUGUCUACCUCUGUAGACAGCACCCCUGCUGGCUCCCCACUGGCUAGUGGAGAAGAGGAGGACCUGGAUGAGGACUACUCUCUGAGUGAAGAGGACUCAGGCUCCGAGCCGCAGGAUGACUAUGAGGUAUCAGAGAGGAAGUCCCAGCCCCCCUCUCCCUCCCCCUGUCCCACCCCUACAGAACCUCGCCCCCGGGACAGACCCCGUCGCCAGCGCAGGAAACCCGCCCGCUCACCCUCCUACUCAGACGAUGAGAACAGGCCCACCUUACCUAAGAGUGGGCGGGUGGAGGUGCAGAAGAAGCUGCAUCUGGACAGCAGUCCUCUGGGCUGGAGCAUCACUGAUGUGACCCGUUUCAUCAGAACUACUGACUGUGCCCCGCUGGCACGCAUAUUCAGGGACCAGGAGAUAGAUGGCCAGGCCCUGCUGUUGCUGAGCCUGCCCACAGUACAGGAGUGUAUGGGGCUGAAGCUGGGCCCUGCCAUCAAACUGUGCCACCUUAUAGAGCGGGUUAAACUGACCUUUUACCAGCACUUUGCCAGCUGAGGAGUGUGUGUGUGCGUGUGUGUGGUUGGUCUCAAGCUCAUUACUAAGCCAUAUCACAUCCAGCAUUGUUGUAAUGUACAGUAUGUGCUGCUCCAGGAUGGACACAGCUUAUACCUCAGCUGUUCACCCUGGAAUGUGACUGGAUUCUGUAUCUUUCAGGGAUUUCAUGUUUACAGUGCCUUCAGAAAGUAUUCACACCCCUUGACUUAUUAUACAUUUUGUUGUUACAGGCUGAAUUCAUAACGGAUUAAAUUGAUUUAUUUUCUCACCCAUUUACACACAAUACCCCAUAAUGACUAAUUUACAUAAGUGUUUUCACCCCUUAGUCAAUGUUAGAAUCACCUUUGGCAGCGAUUACAGCUGUGAGUAUUUCUGGGUAAGUCUCUGGGUAAGUCUAAAGGUUUUCCACACCUGUAUUGUUCAAUAUUUGUAAAUAUUUUUUUAUUUUAUUCUUUGAGCUCUGUCAGGUUGGUUGUUCAUCAUUGCUAGAUAGCCAUUUUCAAGUCUUGCCAUAGGUUUUCAGGCUCAUUUAAGUCAAAAUUGUAACUAGGCCACUCGAGCAUUUAAUGUCAUCUUAGUAAGCAAUUCCAGUGUAUACAGUUGAAGUCGGAAGUUUACAUACACCCUAGCCGAGUACAUUUAAACUCAGUUUUUCACAAUUGCAGACAUUUAAUCCUAGUAACAAGUCCCUGUCUUAGGUUAGUUAGGAUCACCACUUUAUUUUAAGAAUGUGAAAUGUCAGAAUAAUAGUAGAGAGAAUUAUUUAUUUCAGCUUUUAUUUCUUUCAUCACAUUCCCAGGGGGUCAGAAGUUUAUAUACACUAUAUACGGUAUUUGGUAGCAUUGCCUUUAAAUUGUUUAACUUGGGUCAAAUGUUUUGGGUAGUCUUCCACAAGCUUCCCACAAUAAGUUGGGUGAAGUUGGCCUAUUCCUCCUGACAGAGCUGGUGUAACUGAGUCAGGUUUGUAGGCCUCCUUGCUCUCACAUGCUUUUUCAGUUCUGCCCACAAAUCUUCUAUGGGAUUGAGGUCAGGGCUUUGUGAUGGCCACUCCAAUACAUUGACUUUGUUGUCCUUACGCCAUUUUGCCACAACUACGCUUGGGGUCAUUGUCCAUUUGGAAGACCCAUUUGCGAUCAAGCUUUAACUUCCUGACUGAUGUCUUGAGAUGUUGCUUCAAUAUAUCCACAUAAUUUUACUCCCUCAUGAUGCCAUCUAUUUUGUGAAGUGCACCAGUCCCUCCUGCAGCAAAGCACCCCCACAACAUGAUGCUGCCACCCCGUGCUUUACGGUUGGGAUGGUGUUCUUCGGCUUGCAAGCCUCCAACCCUUUUCCUCCAAACAUAACGAUGGUCAUUAUGGCCAAAGAGUUCUAUUUUUGUUUCAUCAGACCAGAGGACAUUUCUCCAAAAAGUAUGAUCUUUGUUCCCAUGUGCAGUUGCAAACUGUAGUCUGGCUUUUUUAUGGCGGUUUUGGAGCAGUGGCUUCUUCCUUGCUGAGCGGUCUUUCAGGUUAUGUCGAUAUAGGACUCAUUUUACUGUGGAUAUAGAUACUUUUGUACCCUUUGCCUCCAGCAUCUUCACAGGGUAUUUGCUUUUGUUCUGGGAUUGAUUUGCACUUUUCGCACCAAAGUACGUUCAUCUCUAGGAGACAGAACACAUCUCCUUCCUGAGCGAUAUGACGGCUGUGUGUUACCAUGGUGUUUAUAUUUGCGUACUAUUGUUUGUACAGAUGAAUGUGAUACCUUCAGGCGUUUGGAAAUUGCUCCCAAUGAGGAACCAGACUUGUGGAUGUCUACAAUGUUUUUUCUGAGGUCUUGGCUGAUUUGUUUUGAUUUUCCCAUGAUGUCAAGCAAAGAGGCACUGAGUUUGAAGGUAGGCCUUGAAAUACAUCCACACGUACACCUCCAAUUGACUCAAAUGAUGUCAAUUAGCCUAUCAGAAGUUUUUAAAGCCAUGACAUCAUUUUCUGUAAUUUUCCAAGCUGUUUAAAGGUUACAGUCAACUGACUGUAUGUAAACUUCUGACCCACUGGAAUUGUGAUACAGUGAAUUAUAAGUUAAAUAAGCUUAAAUAAUUGUUGGGAAAAUUACUUAUGUCAUGCACAAAGCAGGUGUCCUAACCGACUUGCCAAAACUAUAGUUUGCUAACAAGAAAUUUGUGGAGCGGUUUAAAUGAGUUUUAAUGACUCCUACCGAAGUGUAUGUAACCUUCCGACUUCAACUGUAUAUGGUCUUGUGUUUUAGGUUAUUGUCCUGCUGAAAGGUGAAUUUGUAUCCCAGUGUAUGUUGGAUAGCAGACUAAUCCAUGUUUUCCUCUAGGGUUUUGCCUGUGCUUAGCUCAAUUCCAUUUAUUUGUAUCCCUAAAAAUACGUCCUAGUCCUUGCCAAUGACAAACAUACCCAUAACAUGAUGCAGCAACCACUAUGCUUGAAAAUAUGAAGAGUGGUACUCAGUGAUGUGUUGUGUUGGAUUUGACCCAAGCAUAAUGCUUUGUAUUCAGAACAGUUAAUUUCUUUGCCAAUAUUUUUGCAGUUUUACUUUCGUUCCUUAUUGCAGACAAGGUGCAUGUUUUGGAGUCUUUUUAUUUUUUCUGUACAGGCUUUCUUCGUUUCACACUGCCAUUUAGGUUAGUAUUGUGGAGUAACUACAAUAUUGUUGAACCAUCCUCAGUUUUCUCCUAUCACAGCCAUUAAACUGUAACUGUUUUAAAGUCACCAUUGGCCCAUGGUGAAAUCCCUGAGCAGUUUCCUUCCUCUCUGGCAACUGAGUUAGGAAGCACGCCUGUUCCUUUGUAGUGACUGGGUGUAUUGAUACACCAUCCAAAGCGUAAUUAAUAACUUCAACAUGCUCAACAUUACCCAUCUACCAAUAUGUGCCCUUCUUUGUGAGGCAUUGGAAAACCUCCCUGGUUGAAUAUGUUUAAAAUUCACUGCUCAACUGAGGGACCUUCCAGAUAAUUGUAUGUGUGGGGUACAGAGAUGAGGGUGUCUUUCAAAUAUGAUGUUAAACACUUAAUUGCACACAGUGUGAGUCAAUGCAACUUAUUAUGUGACUUGAUAAGCAAAUGUGUACUCCUGAACUUAUUGAGGCUUGCCAUAACAAAGGGGUUGAAUACUUAAUGGCUCGAGACAUUUCAGCAUAGAAUUUUACAUAUAUAUAUUUUUUUAUUCAAACACAAUUAUGUGGUAUUGUGUAUAGGCCAGUGACACAUCUAAAUUUAAUCCAUUUUCAUUUUAGGCUGUAACACAACCAUAAAAAUAUAUGACAUUUAGCAGACUUAGUCAUGCAUACAUUUUACAAACCCACAACCCUGGCGGUGCAAAGCACCAUGCUCUACCAACUGAGCCUUUCAGAACCACAACCCUGGCGGUGCAAAGCACAUGCUCUACCAACUGAGCCUUACAAAACCACAACCCUGGCGGUGCAAAGCACCAUGCUCUACCAACUGAGCCUUACAGAGCCACAACCCUGGCGGUGCAAAGCACCAUGCUCUACCAACUGAGCCUUACAGAGCCACAACCCUGGCGGUGCAAAGCACCAUGCUCUACCAACUGAGCCUUACAGAGCCACAACCCUGGCGGUGCAAAGCACCAUGCUCUACCAACUGAGCCUUACAGAGCCACAACCCUGGCGGUGCAAAGCACCAUGCUCUACCAACUGAGCCUUACAGAGCCACAACCCUGGCGGUGCAAAGCACCAUGCUCUACCAACUGAGCCUUACAGAGCCACAACCCUGGCGGUGCAAAGCACCAUGCUCUACCAACUGAGCCUUACAGAACCACAACCCUGGCGGUGCAAAGCACUAUGCUCUACCAACUGAGCCUUUCAGAACCACAACCCUGGUGGUGCAAAGCACCAUGCUCUACCAACUGAGCCUUACAGAACCACAACCCUGGCGGUGCAAAGCACCAUGCUCUACCAACUGAGCCUUUCAGAACCACAACCCUGGCGGUGCAAAGCACCAUGCUCUACCAACUGAGCCUUACAGAACCACAAAGUCAAGGAGUGGUGUUAAUACUUUCUGAAGGCACUGUAUGUGUUUGUUUACCAUUUGUUUGUGUACGAUCGGAUACAUAGUGGAGGGGAAUUGAAAAGCACAAGAUAAUUGUAUGGAGUCAUGAUGGAAUUCUUUUUCAUCCAUCCAUGACUGAGCUAUUAAGGGUAUAAUGAACACCCAAGGUAAAGUAUGUCAACAAAAUACACCUGGAUUCCUGUUUAGGUAUUAGUUCACCCCUCAUUGUGAAACAGUAAAAAUAUGAAUAAUGUGAAUAACAAACAGCACCUGAUGUGGGGAGACACAUUUGCACUAUCACAGCUAGGUUUUUACAUUGGUCUACAGGGCUAUGUUAUCAAUUUGAUUGACUUCUUCUUGAAUAUAAAUAGCAGCUCAGACGUUUGGGUCUGGUUUCCAACACAGAUUAAGCCUAGUCUAAAAAGCAUGUCCAAAGAAGAUUCUCCAUUGAAAGUUGUUCUUAGUCCAGGAUUAGUCUUAAUCUCUGUGAAAUCGGCCAUUGGAUUGUGAUUCAUUGCAUUUGAAAUGCAUCCUAUUAGAUUCUCAUGGGGUUAGGCUGUUCUUAACCUUUUGUCUUUAUGAUGAUUGUCACUUUAGUUGUGUGUAGUAUAGUAAGUCACUCGUUCUGUGGCCAUGGGGUGUACGACAGCAUUAUAAGAUGGUCCUAACAAUUAUUGACAUCUCGGUUCAUACAAAUAUUUUUAUAGAUUGUUGAGGACCUGUCUGUCCUCAUUUUACCUCUUGUAUAUUUGCAGCUUGAUCAAAGUAUAAACGUAUGUUUUUACAGGUAUUUCUAAAGAUGAAAUAUAAACUAUGCUCUAAGCUUUCUGUAGAUGGCUUUGAGUAGGCUAAAACAUGUCUAUUGUUUUGAUUUAUGUCAUGUUUUUGAGGAUAAUAUGAUACACUAAUGCUAUAUCUAAAAAAUGAACUGUACUGAAGGCAAAGCUGAACAAGUAUUGUUCAAUGUAAAAUUACAUUUUUGUUAGUUCUGCAUAUGGUUCAGGUUGGUUUUGUUGAAAAACAAAAUGUUGUGCCAUAUUUGAGACAUUCCCUGUUAUUUAUGUAUCUGUUUUCACAUUCCACAUCAGCUUGGUUUUUCAUUCAGGGCUUUCAUUCUCGUUCACUAUAUCGAUUACACUUGAUUUUACAUAACCUGUUGCUCAUGUUGAAUAUAAGUGUUGGCCGUUGAUGUAAACUAAAGGGAUUUCUCAUGAAACAAUCAAAAAUGUAAAUGGUUAUUAUUGGUUUGUGGAUGUUUCCAAUGCGAAUAUGUUUACAGAAUGAUCAUUAUUAAAAGUUAUUGCUUUUGAAACUCAAAAUGAUAAACUGAUUUUCUUAUA